CCGGUCCCGGCCCUGCUCGGGGAUGGGGCAGUCGGUUUUGGGGAGCCUGAGCCAGCGCCGCUCGUACCCAGCAAGCCACCAGCCGGGGCCGUCCUCCUCCAUAAACCCUCGGGGGGACACCCCCGGCCCCCUUCUUUGAGCCCCACCCCGAGGGCUCGGGGACCGCGGUGGUCCCGGUGCCCCGCAAACACUUGCUGUGUCCCAAACCUGUGGGAUUCCCUCCCCCCCUCAGCCCCGGAUUUAAUCCAAGCCCCAAAAACCACCCAGGGGCAGCGGCAGUGAAGGCAGCCGGGGCAGGCGGUGUCCGGGGCGGGGGUUGCCGCUGCGGUUUGGGGCGUGGGUGCGGGUGCCAUGGCGGGUGAUGCUCCCGGGCCGGCGGUGGGGAGCGAUGGCGCCCGCCCGGCGUGAGUCAGACGGGGGCUCUGACGCAGUCCCUUCGCCGCCGUCACCAUGGAGGCCGCCUGUGCUCCGGCUACCACCAGCCGAGUCGCCCGGGCGGCCAUGCACGGCCUCCGCUUCCCGGCAGGCCCCGCAGCACCGGGCGGCAUCCCCGGCCGUGCCCCCCGCGUCCGCCCACCCGCACCCCGCAGUCCCCCGUCCCCGCACGGCGGCCGUGACGCGGCGGCGGCCCCGCGGGGAGGAGCCUCCCUCCCUCCGCUCCCCGCCAUCGCCAAACUUUCCGCUCGCUCCCGGCCGCCACCGGCGCUGCCUCCCUCACACAUGGCACCAGCACCCCGGGGCUGAGCCCUGCCACCCCCCCCGGGGCGGGUGACGCCACCGCCGCCACCGCCGGCAGGAGCCGGGGACCCACCGCCACCGCCGUCGCCACCGCCAUCAUCACCGCCGCCGGCUCCCGGGAGGACGGGGCAGAGCGGAGGGUGGCAGCGGGGGGGAGCGGAGCCGGUGCCCAUGUGCCUGCGGUCCCGGCGGGGCGAUGAAGCAGCGAUGACGAUGGCAGCCGGUGAGGGGACCCUCCGGCCCUGGAAACCGGACCCGGGGCAGGCAGAAGGAGGUCGGCCACCCCCGGGGCCAUCGCUGCCCUUGACCCUCACCGUCCUGGCCUGGCUGGGCACCGGCACCACCAUGGCCGGCCUCAACAAAUGGAUCUUCGCCGCCCACGGCUUCCGCUACCCGCUGCUGCUGUCGUCCCUCCACAUGCUGUCGGGGGUGGCCGUGGGCUACCCGCUGGGCUGGGCGCGGGGACCGUCACCCCCUGCCCCCCGGCCCCGCGCCAGGAUCUACCUGCUCAGCCUCACCUUCUGCACCAGCGUGGCCUUGGGCAACCUGGGCUUGAGCUACGUGCAGCUGGACGUGGCGCAGGCGGUGGCCACCACCACCCCGCUGGUCACCCUGCUGCUGUCGGGGCUGCUGGGGGGCCGGCGGCACCACCCGCUGCAGUACGCCGCCAUGGGGCCCGUCUGCGCCGGGGCCGCCUGCAGCAUCGCCGGCGGGCUCCGCUUCUACCAGCCCGGCUGCGGCUUCCUCCUGGCCGCCACCGUCCUCCGCGCCCUCAAGUCCAUCCAGCAGAGUCUGCUGCUGCAGGAGGACCGGCUGGACGCCCUCUCCCUGCUCUGCCUGACCUCCCUGCCCAGCUUCUGCCUGCUCUUCGGGGCGGCCGUGGCGCUGGAGCUGGGUCCCUCCUGGGAGGGCGUCCUGCGCUACGACGGCACCCUCUGGGCCUGCGUCCUGCUCAGCUGCCUGGGCUCCGUCCUCUACAACCUGGCCACCUUCUGCGUCCUCUCCCUCACCUCCGCCCUCACCGUCCACGUCCUGGGCAACGUCACCGUGGUGGGCAACCUGCUGCUCUCCCGCCUGCUCUUCGGCAGCCACCUGAGCGGGCUCAGCUACCUGGGCAUCGGGCUGACGCUGGCCGGGAUGUUCAUGUACCACCAGCCGGACCUCAUCGCCGCGCGCUGGGCGGCGCGGCCGCGGCGGGCACCCCCCAGGAGGGAGUAGGGGCCACGGGGGGGGCCGGGGGGCGGACGGGAAGCCGGGGCGAGCGCGGCUCGGCACGGGCACACGUGUGCUGGUGUGCGUGGCAUUGUGCAGACGCGUGUGCUGGGGUGUGCACGGCUCUGGGUGCACACAGGGGGGUUGAUGUGCACAGGUGCGUGCGUGCGCACCCGUGUGCAUGGCGUGCACGGCUGUGUGUGCGCGUGGGCUGGUGUACAUGGCUGUGUGCGCACCCGUGUGCAUGGCGUGCACGGCUGUGUGUGUGCAUGGGACGGUGUACAUGGCUGUGCGCACACCCGUGUGCAUGGCGUGCACGGCUGUGUGUGUGCGUGGGCUGGUGUACGUGGAUGUGUGCGCACCUGUGUGUGUGGGAUGUGUGUACAUGGCUGUGUGCGCACCCGUGUGCAUGGCGUGCAUGGCUGUGUGUGUGCGCGUGGGACGGCGUACGCGGCAAUGUGUGCACCCGUGCGCAUGGCGUGCAUGGCUGUGUGUGUGUGCGUGGGACGGUGUACACGGCAUUGUGUGCACCCGUGUGCAUGGCGUGCACGGCUGUGUGUGUGCGUAGGCUGGGUGUACAUGGCUGUGUGCGCACCCGUGUGCAUGGCGUGCAUGGCUGUGUGUGUGCGCGUGGGACGGUGUACACGGCAUUGUGUGCACCCGUGCGCGACUGUGUGUGCGCGUGGGCUGGUGUACGUGGAUGUGUGCGCACCCGUGUGCAUGGCGUGCACGGCUGUGUGUGUGUGCGUGGGACGGUGUACAUGGCUGUGUGCGCACCCGUGUGCAUGGCUGUGUGUGUGCGUGGGACGGUGUACAUGGCUGUGUGCGCACCCGUGUGCAUGGCGUGCACGGCUGUGUGUGUGCAUGGGACGGUGUACACGGCUGUGUGCACACCCGUGUGCAUGGCGUGCAUGGCUGUGUGUGUGUGCGUGGGACGGUGUACACGGCUGUGUGUGCACCCGUGUGCAUGGCGUGCAUGGCUGUGUGUGUGUGUGUGGGAUGUGUGUACAUGGCUGUGCGCACACCCGUGUGCAUGGCGCGCACGGCUAUGUGUGCGCGUGGGCUGGUGUACAUGGCUGUGCGCACACCCGUGUGCAUGGCGUGCACGGCUGUGUGUGUGCGUGGGCUGGUGUACGUGGAUGUGUGUGCACCCGUGUGCAUGGUGUGCACAGCUGUGUGUGUGCAUGGGACGGUGUACAUGUCUGUGUGCGCACCCGUGUGCAUGGCGUGCACAGCUGUGUGUGUGCAUGGGACGGUAUACAUGUCUGUGUGCGCACCUGUGUGCAUGGCAUGCAUGGCUGUGUGUACACGUGGGCUGGUGUACGUGGAUGUGUGCGCACCUGUGUGUGUGGGGUGUGUGUACAUGGCUGCGUGCGCACCCGUGUGCAUGGCGUGCACGGCACGGCGCACACGAGUGUGCUGGGGUUCACGGUCCUGCGCGCACACGUGUGCUGGUGUGCACGGCUGUGUGUGUGCGUGGGCUGGUGUAUGUGGCUCUGUGCACACAUGUGCCGGUGUACGCAGCCGCGCGUGCACCCGUGUGCCUGGCGUGCACGGCACUGUGCACAAGGAUGGGCUGGUGUGCACGGCUCCGCGUGCACGCGUGUGUUGGUGUGCACAGCUGCCUGUGCACGCCUGUGCUGGUGUGCAUGGCUGGGUGUGUACGUGGGCUGGUGCGCACAGGUGUGCGUGUACCUGCGCGUGCGUGGCGUGCACAGCGCUGUGCACACGGGUGUGCUGGCAUUCAUGGUCCUGUGUGCACGCGUGCGCCGGCGUGCACGGCUGUGUGUGUGCGUGCGCACACGUGUGCCGGUGUGCAUGGUAUUGCGCACACGUGUGUGCCGGUGCGCACAGCCCCGUGUGGACACGGGUGUGCUGCUGUGCAAAGCUCUGCACGCCCCGGCACGCCGAGGUGCUGCGCGCACGUGUGCUAGCGCGCACGUGUGUUGGCUGGUCACACGGCUGUGCGUGCGCACGUGUGCUGGCGCGUACAGAUCUGUGUCUAUGUGUGCUAUUUGCACAGCCGUGCGUGCACACGUGUGCUGGUGCGCAGUCGCCGUACAGGCGGGCGCGCUGGUGCGCCCAGGCUCUCUGCGCACACGUGUGUUGGGUGUGCAGCUCCGUGCACACGUGUGUCGGCGUGCGGAGCUCUGCGUGCAGGCGUCUGCGGACGUGCACGGCAGCGGUUACCUGCGUGCUGGCGGGCACAGCUCUCUGCACGUGUGUGUUGACGGGCGCGGGCUCUGCGUGUGCCAGCGUGUCCGUGCACAGCUCUGCGGGCACGUGGGCACGUCUGGGUGUGCUCAGGCUCUGCCAGCGGGAGGGGGUCUCUGCGUGUGUGCGUGUGCGCGCGCGUGCGAAGGCUCCGCGUGUGCACGCAGGUCUCACGCGCGGGGCACGCGUGCAUUGGUGUAGACCCCGCAUAUACGAGCGUGCCAGUGGGCACGCGUGUGCUGGCGCGCACGGGCUCUGUGCGUGCGAGCAUGUCGCUGUGCGUGCGCAGCGCCUUACGUGCAGGAGCGCACACGCGUGUUGGGGCGCACAGCCCCGGUGCGCGCGGAUGCUGCGUGUGCAAACGUGCGUCUGAGCGUGCGCAGCUCUGCGUGCGUGUGUGUGUGUGUGUGUGCAGGCUGACGGGUGUGCUGCAGGUACCUCCGUGUGCGUGUGUGUGUGUGUGUGUGUGUGCAGCUGCGUGCACCGGCUCGGCACGCGUGUCCCGUGCGCACACUCAGGCUCAGGGAGGUGCCUACGGACACACGACUGCGCGUCCGACUGCUGUCCCGCCUGGGGAACGCCGAGCAGUGUGUGUGUGCGUGUGUGCGCACACGCGUACGUAUGUGUAGCGUGCACGUGUGUGUGUGUGUACGUGCGUGUGCGUCACUACUGAGCUCUGCUGGCUGGAGUAAAGCCGGGGCUGUGCUUACGCACGGGUCUCAUGGCUGGACAGGACGCCCGGGGUCGGGGCAGGUGAGUGUCCCCUCUCCUGUCCCCAAGCCCUCCGUGUCCUGCCUGGUGCUGCCAGCCCUGUCAUCGCUGUGCCAUCCCGGCCACCAUGGCGCCGGGCCCAUCCCUCUCACCCUGCCGUGGCCGGAGCAGGCAGGCGCGGGCAGGGCUGCCCGCCCGUCCCCGGGGGCUCCCUCGCAGAGACGGCGAGAGCCCGGCAAAGGGGACAGGGAUGGCUCAGACCCGCCAUGGCUCCGGGAUGGUGCUGGGCUGCGUCACGACACACGCUCACCUUGGCACAGGGACGUUCCGGCGUGCAUGUGCCUGGCACCGACGUCGGCACACACGUGUGCGCACGCCCCGACGGACGCACCGGCACCACCGUACGCAGCGGCCGUGGUGGCUGCCACCGCGCUCACCGUCCCUGCGCCGGGGCCAAAGGACCCAGCUCUGAUUGCACUUGUCCCAAAAUAAAGCUCUAUUUUUGUCGUACUCCA